AGAAAGAAGACGACGAGCAAGAGAAGAGACGAAUAUAUUAAGAAGAAUUUAGCUCCGGCGAUCGGCCGUCGAGGUCCGCCAAAUCGGACCGUUAUUACUCUAUUGAUAAAUUGUCCUCUGAUCUGCGAUAACUUAUAUUUGGAAGAACAAGAAGAGGGAGAAUCAGAAUCUCAACGAGGAUUUGAGGAAAUUUUUGCUACAAAUUUGUGUUAAAUCUUUCCAAGUUUCGACAAUCUUCAAAUUCGGAGGCGAUGAUUCUUUUGAGUUGAACAACAGGUAAACUCCCAAGGCAGUUAGGGCUUGAAUUUUCCUGUGAUCAUCAGAGAUAUAUACAAGGUUGGAGGAAACAAAGCAACCAGUGGGCUCUGCGCUUGCACCAGGAGUUUUUCCUCUCCUCUGGUGGCAAGUAAAAAGGAAGAAGCUGUUGUGUCCUGUAAGACCUGCCAGGAUAGAUCAUCGGUUGAUGGGAUAGGGUCUGUUACUGCAAGCAUGACGAGCACGGUAGGCUUGGAACUUGACUUGACUUGGAAGACGGUGUCAAAAGGAAAUAGGAGUGGGACGAGACGAACCAGAAAAUCAGUUGCCAAAAACUUGACUGGAGCAGGGCAAGUAUCUGAUGGGAAUUCCAGACCAGCAGAGGAUGUGACAGUUUCUGAAUCUGAAAAGCAUGGAGUUGCUGUCCUAGGGCAGCACUUUAAUGAAAAAAUAGAGCACGUACCAAUAAAGAAACGAAGAUUCGUGUUCCAUACCCCUUCCCCACCUCCCUCACCACCACAAACCCCUUCGCCACAUGUGGAAGUUUCUGACCAGCAUAAAGAUAUUCAAUCUGCUUCAGGUCAAAGUUCUUUUUCAAAUUCAAUACAGAAGCAGGAAACUAUGGAACUUGAUGUUUUGACCAGGUCAUCUAUUAGCGUUAUUGAUGGGAAGUUCACAGAGGUAAGUAAUGAGAAGGUUGGUUGUGUGGAGGAUUUCUCAGGAAUUGAAAUGCUUGCUGCUGCUGCUUGCAAUGAUUGCGUGGAUGAUUUUGCUGGUAAUGAGAAAGAUCCUGCAGUAGAAGAAUCAAAACAAGAAAGAAAUGACUCAUCAUUGGCCCCCUUGAUUCCUUUGGAAGAAACUAUUGCAUCACAGCAAACAGACUUGUGCCUCCCAAAAGAUUCAGGUAAUGAAAUUAAAAUGGACAAUUCAUCCUUUCUGCCUCCAAAAGAUUCAGUACAUGAAGUUAAAAUAGAGGAUUCAUCACUUCUGGCCCCUAAAAAUUCUGGAAAUGAAGUUCAAAUGAAGGAUCCAUCUCAUGUGUUCCCAAAAUAUUCAGGAAUUCAAGUUAAAAUGGAGGAAUCAUCUCUUCUGGAUAAUGCUGGUGGUGUUUUCCUUGAAUCUCUAAGUAACAAGAAAACAGGAGAGGUGCCCAUAUCCUUGCCGGAUGAUCGAUCACUUUGGGAUUUAAACCUUUCAAUGGAUGCCUGGCAAAGACCUUGUGAUAAUGAGUAUAAUGAUUCUAAAAGUAAUUCUGUAGUUAAUAUCCAUGUGGACAAGGAUGCUAUGUUCCAGAGCACAGGUCUUCAAGAUAUAAAAAAUGAUCAUGUGGAUGCCACUUCUUCAUUUGAUGUUGGUCGGGAUAAAUGUUUACCAUCAAAUUUGGGAGCUUUGCCUGUUCAAACUAAUUGUUUGAAUGAAAAGGAAAAUGAAUUGGAAGGAUGCUCUAGCCUCGGUGGAAAUAAUAAUGAACAUGCAUCCUCGACUGUCGGUAAUCUUGUAGAUUCUGUAAAAUGGGUUGCUGAUGAUGUCAGUGUUUCCACUCAAUUAGUUGGUUUGGAUCAGUGCUGCACUUCUGGCACAGAGGUAAAUAAUACAAGUACAGUGAAGUUGAAGGAAAUCACAGGAACAUCUCCUUCACAGGGUAAUUCUGAGCUGGGUACAACAAAUCAUGCUUCUGGGUCUGAGGUGGACAAAAUUGCAUGUGUAAAAAGCAUCAAAGUUGAGGAGUCUGAUGUAGCUUCUCCCUAUCUACCUUUUCUAGAAAUAGCUUUUAAAGAUGUAGAGCCCAGAACUGUCUGUCAGGAUAGGAAGACUUGUGAAGAAUUUGGUUUUCUUGACAAUAAGAUUUCUGGUAACUACGUUGAAAGAUGUCAACCACUACAAGAUGCUAUUCCUAAAGCCAAGCUCGUUAGUAGGGUAGAGGAAAUAGGCCUUUGCUACUCUCCAUCAAAGUAUGGAAUUAUGUUGGCAUCAGGUUUGUCUGUUGCAGAUGAUGAUGCAAAGGGACAAACUGGUGGAGCUUCGUCCUCUUUUGCUCCUGAAAUUGAUACUUCUGCACUAUUAGAGCCUGAGGAACCUUUGAUGAAGUUAUCUGUCAGUCUUCCUGCUACUUCAGCACCAUAUGGUUUCACUGUAGCUUAUAAGGAUUGUGGAAAAGAAGGAAAUGGUCCUCCAAGUAGCUCAGAUAAACUCAAUGUGAAUGAUCCUUGCAAUCAAAGCCAUGAAUCUGCUGCUACCACAACAGUGUGUGGAUUUACUGUAGCUCAUGAGGCACGUGAAAAUGAUAAGAAUGGUCCUAGAAGCUACUCAGAUAGGGUCAAUGUCAAUGAUCCUUGCGACCAAUACCAUGAAUCUGCUACUUCUCAUGAUAAGGCAUUCAAUGGAGGUAAGGAAAGCUCUUUUGAUCUCCAGACUGGAUAUGAUUUUGAGGAUGGGGAGCUGAGAGAAUCGGAUGUCCCAUGUUGGGAUGAAAUAGAACAGGUGGACUAUGACACUGAAGGUGAAGAGGAGAGGUUAUGUGGCUUGGAAGCUGAGAAUAAUGAGGAGAAAUUGAAGGUGGAAAGAGGGUCAAGUCCUGGAUCUGAUGACAUAAUUGAAAAGACCAAAAAUAGUGACAUGCAGGAGAGUCUCAGAGAGAAUGCAGUAUCCUUGAAGAUGACAACUGCAGCAGUGAUGGAAGCGAGUGAAUCAAAUAAAAACACUAUUGAUUUUGUGGAUGGAUCUACCGUCAAAGAUUCUCAUUCUGCAUUAGAUGGAUUAAUGACAUCUAAAAGGGAGUUGCUUUCAGGCAUUGAAGCAUCACCAUCAUCUGAUGCUUUACAGAUGAUCAGGGUUGACAAUUGUGAUGAUUUAAAUCCUCAAUCUGAAACGGAUGGUGGCCCCGAAAAAUUCGCUGGAAGGGAUAGAUCUACUCCACAUAUGCGUGGUCAAAAUCCUAAAGGCAGUCCCUUUAUCAGUCAUUCAGCCGGGCAAAAUUCAACUAUUUUUCAUGGCUCCCAUCCGUCUCUGCGUUCCAGGCCAAAAAGUGCAGUUGAGAGUUGUGGAUAUGUGAUAUCUGCAGACCAAACACUUCCUGAAUCUGUUGAUGUUGCAAGACCUGAAAACCACAUUGGUAGGCACUUUAUGAGCUCCCACUCGAAUGGUAUGUACCGGCCUUUUAUGAGGAGGAGAUCACUGAUAGAAAGGGAUGAUUCUUAUGGUGUGAGUAUGCAGAUGACAUCUGUAAGAGAUACUAGUCCUGAUAGAAGUAGGUUCAGAAGAUAUACACAAGGAGUUAGUAGGGAUAUUAGAGUCGAAUACCUCAGGCGUAUUCCAGGUGACUCCACAGAUUAUUUUAGUCAUUUUCCACCAUCUGAUGCUGUACAGAGGAGCAGGUCUGGCAAUUUUGAUGAUUCUUAUAAUCCAUCUGAAAGGGAGGAUGGUUCUGACAAAUUCAUUGGAAAGGAUAGACCUGCUUCGCAUUUGCGCGGCAGAAGCCAAGGAGGCAGUCACUUUUUCAAUCCUUCAGUACGUAUCAGACAUGAAUACAUCCGGCAUGUUGCAAAUGAUGGAUCUGAAUAUUUUAGUCGUUUGCCAUCAUCUGAUGCUCUACAGAGGAACAGGCCUGAUAAUUUUGAUGAUUCAUAUCCUCAAGCUGAAAGGGAAGGUGGCUCUGACAAAUUCAUUGCAAGGGAAAGACCUGUGACACGCAUGCACGGUCGAAGCCCUGGAGGUGGACACUUUUUCAAUCCUUCUGCUGGUUAUUGGGAUUCUAAAAGGCAACAUUCACCUAGUCGCCAGGGUGCUUACCAUUCUGCAUGUCCCAGACCUAAAAGUGCUAUUGAGGGCCGUGGAUUUGUAGUAUCCACAGACCAAUCACUUCCAGAAGCUGCUGCUGUUUCAGCAAGACCUGACAACCGCAUUAACAGGCAUUUUAUAAGCUCACCCUCUAAUGGUGGGUACCGCCCCCUUGUGAGGCGGAGGUCACCAGUAGAAAGGGAUGCUUCUUAUGGCAUGCAUAUGAGAAUGGCAACUGUAAGAGAAGGCAGUCCUGAUAGGAGCAGGUUUAGAAGAUACCCACAAGGGGUUGGCAGAUGUCUAAGGGAUGAUUACCUCGGGCAUGAACCAGAUGAGGCCACUGAAUAUGUAAGUCGUUUGCCACAUCAGUUAGGCAGGAGAGAAAGGAGCAUUUCACCAGAAGGUCACUAUGCUGAACCUUACAAGAAGACUCAGUCAAGGUCAAGGAGCCGUUCUCCCAUGAGAUUUCUUGUGCAGAGGGAUCGAAAUGAGGGUUCAAGACGUCGUAGUAGGUUGCCUGAUUUUAGAUCUGAUGCUAGAAUAGAUAGAGUGAGGUUAUUUCAAAAGCGUUUUCCCACUGAAUAUGGAGAGAGCUUCAUUUCUCCACCAAGAGGUCGAAUCUCACCACAGCGAAAUUCUAGGGUGUUUGAGGAUCGGAAUUCAGGUCUUGACCAAUUUAGGGGCCAUAAAUCACCGGUAAGGGUGUUCCGGGAGUCAAAGUUUUAGUUCAAUAUGCCCCAUUUGAAAUGAUUACUUUGUUUGGUUGCUCUACUUCUUGUAAGUAUGGUGUGGUUGAUGAACUUGACCAUGUAAGCAGUUAUAAGAUGAUACAUGAAAUAAGGAUGUUGCUCACAUGGUGCAGUGCGUCAAUUUUGGUACAAGAUAUAAUGCAUGAGAUUUAUUACUGCUGACUGCUAUAUCGAUUGAUGCCUGCAAGUUGACAUGAUGAUAAGUGGUCAUCUCAGAAAGCUUGUUGUAUGUCUUGAAGGAGGAGGUUUAAUGUCUCAUUUUCAUGCUGUUUGCUGUUAAAAUGAGAGAUGUUUUUCAACUUUAGGAUCAUUUUCAUUUUUUGGGCAGAAAUCAUUAAAAUCAGUCUGAUUUCCUUUCCCCCUUGGUAGGUCAUCUUUAGGAAAAAGAGAGUUUUCUCUACUUUAGGUUUGUUCUUGCUGAUUUACAGCUUCUCCUCCUUCCCUUAAAUGGUUUCUUUCUUGUCAAGGAGGCCGAUGUAACCUCCAUACGAGGCGCCAUUAAGUUAUAAUGCGAAAUCAGCAAUUUUCGUGCA